GCAUCACCAAGAUCACCCAGAAAACUCAAAACACCACAAUCCAGACGCUUGUUCAUCACCAGACAAGCCGUCCGAUUAAACAGACAACACAUCAAACGCUCGGAUCGCUACCCCCACAAUCUGAAUGCAAAACAUCAAACACACCACACCCGAAAACAAACACACCUGAUUUUGUCACCAGAUGGACAUCAGGACAACAACCAUGGACCAACCCAUGGCCUUCACGUCGUACACUACCGUGCCCUACAGCACUGGCCAACUUCAAACCUGCCCUGAAUCUUUAACAGACUUCUCGCCAGUUGCCCUUUACGAGGACUUCAACAGCACCGACUUCAAUUCCGACUCUGCGGGAUCCCCUGUAUCGCCCAUCUCCCCUGUGCCAAGCGCCACUUCCUUCGGUUUAUUUUCGCCAUAUGGUGAUGAUUUGUUUAGAUGGGGAAAGUUCGAGCGUGAGCACUUUGAGCAUUCCCCAGAGUCUGAAGACUGCUUCAAGACUGAACCCUACGACGGAAGCCUCAUCUCGACCCUCCCACCUCGGCCUCUUACCGCCAGCCCAUCCAUCAACCCCGUUGAGCUCUCGCUAGAGGUGCCCACGACAACACAAGACCUUAACUUCAACUUCGAAGGCACAAAUACCAACUCGCCACUGUUCCAGUCUCAAGUCAUGGGUGUAACACCCCCCUCGCAACGCUCUACCCCGGCUGCCGUUAUUGAGCCACAACCACAACAGCAACAACCUAUCGAACUUGCUGAGGAUGUGAAGCGUUACCCCUCGCGCAACAACCUCAAGCGCAAGUCUUCCUGCUCUUCGUCUUCCGAUGAAGAGGAAUGUCGCCCAGCCAAGCGCGUCUCCCUAUCCCCGCCGCCCAAUUCGUCCCACAGCCCACCGACUAAGAAGGAAAAGAGCACUUCUCCCCCCUCCAUGACGGCCCCCAAGAAGACGGCCCACAACAUGAUCGAGAAGAGAUAUCGCACCAACCUCAACGACAAGAUCGCAGCGCUUCGCGACUCUGUUCCAUCUCUUCGCAUCGCAGCCAUGCGCAUGGAGAGCGGCAAUUACGAUGAUGAGUAUGAGGGCGAGGAAGGGGAUUUGAGCGGUCUGAUUCCGGCUCCCAAGCUCAACAAGGCGACGAUCCUCAGUAAGGCGACGGAGUAUAUCAGCCAGCUUGAAAGGAGGAAUCAUGGUCUGGAGACGGAGAACAGUGCACUAAGAGGAAGGAUGGAAGGCUUGGAGAUGCUUUUGAUCAGCCGUGGUGGCGGUCCUACCGGUACAUUUGUGUGGAAUCAGUAGGAGCGGUUCAGGGGAUCAUGGAAAGCGGGAAAGAGAAAAAAAUGGUGUGGAAGUGGAACUUCAGUUGCAUAUUACCGGCGCACGGGCGAGGGGAAAAAAAUGGGUUGGAGCAAUUGCUUUGUGAUACCAGCGGGAGUUUAGCGACUUUCGAUUGAUUUCUUGGAAGGAUAUCGCUGGGGUGCAACUCAGAAAGACUUGCGGAUAGCGUUGAGAAUUGCUAGGUUACAGGAACACUCCUCACUCAAAUUCGACGUUCAAGGGGCAUCUUUGAGCCCCUGUCUACUA